AUGCUAAUAUUGUUGAGAUUACAAGGGGUUUCCCAAUUAAUCUUCCUCGCGUCCUUUUCCCUACAAAUGGAACAUUCAAUGGACUUGAGAAACUUCGAUUCAGUUCACAAGUACGGGUUAUCAGAUGAUGUAAUGUCAUAUGGAGCUAAAGGACCAACUCAUCCAUUUAGUCAAGUUCCAUCAGAUGAAGGGCCAAACUUAGGAUUAUCACUUGGAUUGUUUCCAAAGAAUGAAAUUUCUGAUACUGAACAUUCAAGAAGAAUUUGUAGCGAUCAAGAUAGUGUUCAGGACAGAAGGACCGAGAUUCUGGACCACAAACAUGUUGAAGUUGAACAUAUAGAACCCUUCUUUCUAUCCAACAAGCAACCUAUGAGCCAUCCAGCUGAGGUACUAUUCAAAAGUAUGUAUCAUGAUGUGGAUUCAAGAAAACCAUGGAUCUCUUUGGGACCAUCUGAAUCUUGUGGGCCAGAUGGAUCCAAUCUGGAGCUUCUUCACCCACGUGAGAGAGCUGUUGACUCAGAGGAAGAAGUUCCUGUUGAAAGGAAAUGGCUCACACUUGGUCCUCAAGAGACUUCUACAGGGAAACUUGGAGAGCACCUUGAUAUGGUCUACCCCAAUGAGGAAAAUCUUGGAAGGAAAGAGCUUUUCAAGAAUUCAGACUCACCAUAUCAAGAGCAAACACAUCCAAGCGUCAAAUCUAAAGCCAGGCUGUCUGAGAAAUCCUUUAUACAUGAACACACAAUGCCCAAAAGACACAAAAGUGUGCAGCCAGAUUCCAAACAAAUAGCAAAAGAAACAACUGAUGAUAGAGAAAUAGGUGGACAAUCUCAGAUUUAUGUCCCUAGAGAAUUCACAGGACAUGCUGAACUUGAAGAAAGACCAUCUGACUCAUUCAAAUUCAAUUCAGAGAGAGAUUUGCACAAGACCGUCAAUGUUUUUGGGAAGAAUAAGAAUUUCAUUCCUGAGAGCAUGCAAAAUGAAAUCAAGAUGUGGUUUGAUCAACUACAACAUGAUCUCUUUCAAAGACUUAGAUUGGGAGGGUUUGAUUCAUUGGUGAUUGAUAGGAUCAGUGGAGCACUAUCAAAAGGUAUCUUGAAGAUGGGGAUUGAAUUGACAACUUUCUUCCUCACCAGUCUGAAGCUUCUUCACAAAAAACAUGCUCAGAACUUUGAACAUUGGGACUACAUAAUCUUAGAGGAUGGAUGGACUUUUGUCAAAAACAUCUUCAUCCAGUGGAUGAUGCUAGACCCUGAACAGAUCUGUGGACAUGUGAUUUCAAGACCCACUGAUCAUCUUAAUCAUCUUGAACCUUCUUCUCUGUAUGGCUGUAUGCUAUAUAAAGAUCUAGAUGAUAUCACAAUGAACAUUUCCUGGGAUAUGUGGAAGAAAUGGUACAGAGAAUCAAAAGUACCUUAUAAAAGGUUUAUCGCAACUAGGAAUAAUUUUGAGCAACAGAUUGAAGUGUCAAUUUGCAAUGAUGAUGUAUACAAGUCACCCAGAACAGAAAAGUCAAGAAUUGAACUCUUACAACCAAUAGAUGGCCAUGAAUAUCAUCAAGAUCUUUUUGAUAGCCAUUUCCUUAAGUUUCCUAGGUUUUUGAGUAUGGAUCCUGCCUUCCCACCACAGAGGAGGGAUUUUGUUUACCUAAUUCAACAUCUAGGUGAACUUGAGAUAGAACUCUUGGAACAUCAUGAACCAGUUGUAGAAUGGUUUGAAAAACUGGCAGAAGAUCUCAGAGCCCAACUUCUAAUACCUGGGAUUCAUCAUAGAAGUCCAGUGCGGGUAAUUUCCAAUUGUGUCAAAAGCAUAUUGACCAGGUUGCUCCCAAAAUUUUUUGGUCUGCUUAAGAUUAUGGAGGAUCCAAAACCUCAUUUACUAGCAAAGGAAGUAGAUCCAACUGUGUUGAGGGGAUGGGAGUUCAUGAAAACCUAUCUAGAUCAUUGGAGACAUAUAGAUCUUGGGAAGGGUCUACGCAAUCCAACUGCACGGUUCGAUUUGGGAGAUUGUCACUCCGGAGAAAGCUAUGCAUUAUUUUUGAAGUUUCUGAAGAGAAAAGCAUGGCAUGUUCCAUUUGAAGAUGUUUGGAAGCUCUACUAUCUUCAUACCACAUCUCCUUUGCUUCAAUUGAGUCCCAGGGAUACUAGAAAGCAAGCAUCAAGUUUACAGAAGGAGCUUAAGAAAAGAGUUUUGAACCUGAAGAACAGUUUGGACACGAGGCACAGAGUCUGUUGUCAACAGAAAAGACAGCUACUUAAGCCUCAAAUAGUUCUUUGCAAUUUGAGUUGA